AAGAGGAAGCAAAAGGCCCGAUGUGGCUCUGUGUGUGGCUAGAGGCGCGGCUGUGAAUUACGCUAGGUGACGUAUUGAUGGUACGGUAUUAUUUCCGUCGGAAUGGAUGCUCAAAACCCUCGAGGGAAGCAGACGGACAACAGCACAGCGCGAUGGACAAGAAGUACAUGGCUUGAUUAAUGAUUAUUCUCUGUUUAUUUUAACCCACCUCAAGGGAAAGUGUCUCAUCUGUAUACCGUGGCUUUUACUCCCACCUUUCCCACCUGCUGUGAACCCAGGGCCCUCUGAACUCUUCCUUGCCACUGAAUCUCCGUCCCGCUCUCUUCUCUUCUCCCGAAGCGCAACUUUCUGAUCGUUGGUAUCUUCGACGCACGUCUCAUAGCUACCAGCUAGAUCUCAGCAUGUUUUGUUUACGAAGCUGGUUACCUCUCCUAUUCAUCCCGACCAAUGCCUCCCCACUUUUCAUUGUCUCCUUCGUCACUCUGACCUACAUCCUCCAUCGUCCAUGUAUCUACUGCUCAGCUCUCCUUCUAAUCCUCUUUAUCUCAUCCUGUCAUUGGUCAGAUCGCUGUUUCUUUGACCUUCGUGGUGACUGGUUUGCGCCUCGCUACUCUCCCGAUCCGAGUGCCUCUUUGGCCGCCCCCAAUGAGACCCUCGCCGGCUACAUCCUAGAGACUGUGAAUACUACAACGAAGACCCUAGCGGGGGUAGUAGUCGACGAGGCGCAGCGCCGCCUGCUGUUGAACGGGUCGUCGGCUGCCACAGGAAUGGGCGGGCUGGACCAGGAGGAAUGGACCGGAGUUGGGCUGGAGUGGUUGCGCAGUUUGCUUGGACGACGAGAGUGGACAAUCCCCUGUGUCGACGUCAAGGUCCGGCUAUAGAGAUGGUUUGACUUGGAUACUCUACUUGCGGCUGAUCGGAUAAUCUUCUUUCCAUUUUCUUUUCAUUCUCAACAAAUCUAGAAUGGUUUGCAAAAACACAGAAUGUAUACCCCGCGCCUUCCAAGAUGAAGAGCUUGGAUCGGCGAACAGUAAGUGAUCCCUUCAGCAAAACAUAGGGUCCUGGUUCGGAUACUAGUUUGGCGAUUACACUUCUCACUGCUUUCGAACUUUUUCGCCCGCGCACAUAUUCUCCGCACUUUUGUGCGAUAGUUGACUGGCUUUGACAUUUUCUUUAAAGGCAUUGUAUAUAAAUAAACCCUACUAUAUCCAUCUGCUACAUAGCUUUAAAUAGACCCCCGAACCAUAUUCCACCUUGAGAA